AUGUCGCUACGCUGUGAGCCCAGCCUCUGCUUCGUCAUCUCUGUGCUUGUUUCAGGAUGGGAUCUUGUCGUUCUCAGCUUUGUCGUCUCGACAGCAUCGGGGCCUGGUGCACCGAAGCUCGGGGGUUCUGCUUUUGCUUUGGAAUCGCGCUUACCUAUCGCUGCCGAAACCGGGCACAUGACGACGACAACAACCAUAGCAACUACUACUACUACUGCGCCUCAACAAUCCCCCAACACCGGCCGUCCGCCACCGCGAGAAGAAAUUUCCAUUGAAGAAAUCAUAGACGGAUCGUGGUCUCCGGACCAUCGUCCGUUGGCUUGGAUCCCUGGUAUACGUGCUGAUCCAAAUGGCUGGCUCUUGGAUCGCACCGGGCACGAGGGCGAGCUGGCGCGAGUGUACCAUCUGCUGCAUGAUGGGUAUCUUGAUACCGAUUGCGGUAGCAAUCCCAUGUCACAAACCCCUCACAACAUCAUCAAGUUGCCGCAGGAACGCGUCAAUGGCCUAGUGGCACCGACGCCCGAUGAUUUGUGGAUCAGCCCCGACCUCCAUUCCGCUCUACUUGUCUUCAACAAGACCAAAACCUGGAGGCAUUCGUUCACCGGUCUCUAUUGGAUGUUGGAUCUAGAAACAGGCCGUAUAGAACCCCUCGACCCGUCCGUGACCGAUUCAGCAAUCCGACUGGCUGAGUGGUCCCCUCGAGCAGACCCAAUCGCAUUUGUCCGAGGGAACGACUUAUACGUCCGAAAACUUGACAAUUCUACCAAGGGUACCGGCGUCCGGAGAAUCACAGAGGAUGGCAACCAUAACCUACUGUACGGUGUUCCUGACUGGGUCUAUGAAGAAGAAGUACUAGAAGGCAGGAAGGCGCUUUGGUUGUUAGGUACUGGACGCUAUCUAGCCUUCUUGCAGACCAACUGCUCUUCGGUUGGGACGCACACAAUGCAGCACCUCGGCCGCCACCCGCAUAGAGAUGUUGGCUAUCUUCCGGGAAUACAGCAGCACCUCCAGUACACCAGCUUUGCGUACCCGAGACCAGGUACGCCAAACCCGGUUGUGAGUUAA